CUAGAAAGAAUGGGGGGGGGGAAUAGGAGAGGAAAAGCAGAGAGGAACUUCUGGAUCAGUCAUGGGAAGAAUGGGGCGUGCAGAGUGGCUUUGAUGUUCUUCCAAGGGAAGAGCAGCAACUGGAAGAUGAAGGGUGUACCAAACGGAUAACUGAGAAUAACAAGCAACUUUGAAAAUGAAAGCAAAUUGAUCCUUCAGAAAAGCAGACAAUUCUUCUCUUUUCCCAGCUCGUGAGAGACAAAGGAGAGAAAAUCAAGAAGAGAUUUCAUAUUGGAAAAAGUAGAGUAUGUAGAACUCAAAAAUACAUUACAUGAAAAGGUCAAAGGAGAUUAUUUUUCCAUUCAGAAAAGGAAGGAAAUAUUUAGAAAUCAGUCGAUUGGAUAGCCACAAAGAGUAGACAGUAAUGCAGGCCUCACCCUGUGUGAAAAUAAACAAUAGCCUGAAUGAAAGUUCCAAGAAGAUAUCACACAUAAUUUUGAUGUCUUCAAGAACAUCAGUGGUGGAAAAGGUCCAUAGAUGUGCCUAUGGUGGGAAAAGCAUAGAUUAGCAAAUCAUAGAUUAUUCGUGACAGGAGCCACAUUGGAAAAGGCCAUACAAAUUACUCCAGUGUGGGAAAAGCUUUAAUCAGAACAAGGAAGGACCCACUCAGGAGAGACACCCUAUAAGUGCUCCCAAUGCAGUAAAUGCUUUUGUCACACCAGAAGAAAACCCUUGGAAUGCUCUGAUUGUGGGAAAACUUUCAGUCGGAAUUCCAACCUGGUGGUAUACCAGAGGAUGCACACAGGAAAGAAAUCAUAUGAGUGUCCUGAUUGUGGGAAAAGUUUCAUUGCAAAUUCCCACUUGGUGAUACACCAGAGGACUCACACAGGAGAGAAACCGUAUGAAUGUCCCAAUUGUGGAAAAAGUUUCAGUCAGAAUUCCAGCCUGGUGAUUCACCAGAGGACUCACACAGGAGAGAAACCCUUCGAAUGUCCUGAUUGUGGGAAACGUUUCAGUUGGAAUUCCAACUUGGUGAAACAUCAACGGACUCACACUGGAGAGAAACCCUUUGAAUGUCCUGAUUGUGGGAAAAGUUUCAGUCAGAAUUCUGACCUGGUGAACCAUCAGCGGACUCACACAGGAGAGAAACCCUUUGAAUGUCGUGAUUGUGGCAGAAGUUUCAGUCAGAAUUCCAACCUGAUGACACACCAAAGGACUCACACAGGGGAAAAACCCUUUGAAUGUCCUGAUUGUGGCAAAUGUUUCAGUCAGAAUUCCAACCUGGUGACACACCAAAGGACUCACACAGGAGAAAAACCCUUUGAAUGUCCUGAUUGUGGGAAAAAUUUCACUCAGAAUUCCAGCCUGGUGAUACACCAAAGGAUACAUACAGGAGAGAAACCGUACGAGUGUCCGGAUUGUGGGAAAGAUUUCAGUAGUAGAUCUAGUCUUAUAAGUCAUGUAGUUUUACACACAGGGGAAAAACCUUUCAGAUGUCCAGUCUGUGGACGAUACUUCAGACGAAGAUCAUCCUUUAUUACACACAAGGUAAUCCAUAUGAAGCAAACGCUGACAAAUUUAGAGAAGGCUUGAAUUUCAUUUCUCAUUUCCCACUGGAAGUGUAAGUGAGAAAUUGACAGUUUGAAUUGUGGCCUGAUUCUUUUUAAUCAGCAUCUCUCAGGAUUAGAUUUGUAGGUGGACAGAAAAGAUUGGAAGAUGUUACAUUUGAAUAAAAGCUAACUGUCUGUUUCUUUUUGUCAGCAGAAGUGACUGGAUAUUUCCUUUUAAAGAAGUUGUGUUUUUUUAUAUUGAUUAUGGAAAUCCAACAUCUGGAGUUUCAGCCUGAUAUGCAGGUUCUGAGGUUUUGCUUGAUAAAAAAUACAGGAAACCAGAAGUUACCUUUAA